AUGCUCGAGAACGGCCUCGAGGCCAUCAUCGUGUCGGACCCCAAGACGGACAAGGCCGCCGCCGCCAUGGACGUCAAGGUCGGCCACCUGAGCGACCCGGAGGACAUCCCGGGCCUCGCCCACUUCUGCGAGCACCUCAUGUUCAUGGGCACUGAAAAGUACCCCGCCGAGAACGACUACACCGAGUUCCUCACGCAGCACAGCGGCUCGUCGAACGCGUUCACGGGCAUGGACCAGACCAACUACUUCUUCGACGUCGCGCCGCAGCACCUCGAGGCCGCGCUCGACCGCUUUGCCCAGUUCUUCAUCGCGCCCGUGUUCGACCCGUCGUGCACCGAGCGCGAGGCCAACGCCGUCCACUCGGAAAACUCGAAGAACCUCCAGAGCGACAUGUGGCGCCUGUACCAGCUCGACAAGAGCACGUCCUCGCGCGAGCACGCGUUUUGGCGGUUCGGCACGGGCGACCGCAAGACGCUGUGGGACACGCCGCGCGAGCGAGGGUUCGACGUCCGCAAGCGCCUCAUCGAGUGGUGCGAGAAGCACUACUCGGCCAACGUGUGCAAGCUCGCCGUCGUCACCAAGGACUCGCUCGACGCGACGACCGAGCUCGUCGUCAAGCAGUUCUCGCCCGUCGUCAACCGCGCCCUGACGCCGCCGACCUUCCCCGGCUCGCCGCUCACGGCCGCCGAGCUCGGCAAGACGAUCUUUGUCAAGACGGUCAAGGACACGCGCCUCCUCGAGCUGUCGUUCCCGUGGGAGGACGAGUCGGACCUGUACGCGUCCAAGCCGGGCCAGUUCCUGAGCCACCUCGUCGGGCACGAGGGCAAGGGCAGCGUCCUGAGCUACCUCAAGCAGCGCGGCUGGGCCAACGGCAUGAGCGCCGGCGCCGGCACCAACGGCGCGAGCGGGUUCGACUUCUUCAAGAUUCACGUCGACCUCACCAAGGAGGGCCUCGCGCACUACGAGGACGUCGCGAGCGUCAUCUUUGCCUACAUCGCCCUCCUGCGCCAGCACCCGCCCGCCGAGUGGGCCUUCCUCGAGGUCGCCCAGCUGUCCAAGCUCGCGUUCCGGUUCAAGGAAAAGUCGCCGCCGUCGUCGAGCGCGUCGCGCCUGUCGAUGACCAUGUCGCGGCCCUACCCGCGCGACAAGGUCCUGUCGGCGCCGUGGAUCUGCAGCGAGUUCUACCCGCAAAAGAUUGCCGACCUCGUCGCGACCAUGACGCCGCAGAACUGCCGCAUCACGGUCGGGAGCAAGGCCGAGAUCGGCGGGCGCACGUACGCCGAGAAGGAGGAGUGGUACGGCACCGAGUUCACGAUCGAGCCCAUGGCCGACAAGAUCCUCGCUCCGGGCAAGGACGCCGCCGAGUACCCCGAGCUCGCGCUUCCCGACCCCAACGCGCUCAUUCCUCAAGACCUCGAGGUCAAGAACAAGGUCAAGGUCGACAAGCCCGCUCGGCGGCCGCUCAACCUGCGCAACACGCCCAUCUCGCGCGUCUGGCACAAGCAGGACGACCGGUGGCUCAUCCCUCGCGCCGGCGCCUUCUUCCUGUUCCGCUCGCCGCACAUCGACGCCUCGGCCCUGUCGUCGGUCCAGACGCGCAUGUUCACCGAGCUCAUCCGCGACUCGCUCCAAGAGUACUCGUACGAGGCCGAGCUCGCCGGGUUGAGCUACAACUUUGACCAGGCGGCCGACGGCAUCCUCUUGUCGCUCGACGGGUACAACGACAAGCUCGCCGUCCUGGUCGACGUCGUCGUCAAGCGCAUGAAGGAGUACGAGGUCGACGAGAAGCGCUUUGCGCUCGUGCACGACCAGCUCGUCCGCAUGUACGAGAACUUCCGCCUCGAGCAGCCGUACCAGCACGUCGGCAUGGACGGCGCCCAUCUCACGACGGCCGUGUCGUACCCGCUCGAGGACAAGCUCGCGGCGCUCAAGGACGUGACGCCGGCCAACCUGCGCGAGCACGUCGCGCGCAUGCUCGGCACGAUGCACAUCGAGAGCCUCACGCACGGCAACGUGACCAAGGACGAGGCGCUGCGCCUGGCGGCGAGCGUCGAGGAGACGUUCAAGCCCAAGGCGCUCACGGCCGAGGAGCUCAAGAGCCGGCAGGCGCUCGUCGUUCCGCCAGGCAAGUGGCUCGCCCGCCGCCCGGUCCCGAACCCGCUCGACAACAACACGGCCGUCGAGCAGUUCACCUACGUCGGCGACCUGUACGACGACGAGUUGCGCGCACGCCUGAGCGUCUUCGGCACCAUUAUGAGCGAGCCCCUGUUCGACGACUUGCGCGCCAAGCAGCAGCUCGGCUACAUCGUCUCGUCCGGUGCGCGCAAGUCGAUUGCGUUCAUGGGCCUGCGCGUCAUCGUGCAGAGCGAGCGCGACGGCCCGUUCAUCGAGUCGCGCAUCAACGCCUUCUGGGACGAGUUCAAGGUCAAGCUCGAGGCCAUGAGCGACGCCGACAUCGAGAAGUACAAGGAGGCCGUCAUCAGCCGCAAGCUCGAGGACCACAAGAACAUGUGGCAGGAGUCGAGCGCGCUCUGGGUCGACAUCCACUCGGGCUGGUACGACUUUGAGCAGCGGUGGCGCGACGCCGAGACGGUCAAGAAGCUCACCAAGGCCGACCUCGUCUCGUUCUUCUCGACCUACUUCUUCGACUCGGCCGACCGCCCGCUCCACCGCCUCUCGAUCCACCUCGACUCGCAGCGCCUCACGCCCGAGGCCCUCGGCACGCUCGGUCCCGCGCUCGACAAGCUCGGCGUCGAGGCCGACCCGGCGCAGAUGGCGGCGCUCGCCAAGAGCCGCCCGACGGUCGACGCGGCAAAGGUCGCCGCCGAGCAGCUCCUGCGCGCCAAGGGUCGCGGCGACGACGACGUCAAGCAGCUCCUCGACGAGGUCGAGAAGCUGAGGACGCUCGAGGUGCCGCAGGGCUACGAGCUCAUCGAGGACCGCGAGCAGUGGAGGAGCGGGCUUGAGAAGGCGCCGCACGCCCACCCGGUCGCAGAGUACUCGGACCUGUUCCCGGCCAAGCUCUAGAGCCUGCGCCCCUCCCCUUCCUUCCCCCCUCUCCUCUCCCUCCUCGGCUCGCCCGCAUGUAGAUUUGCCCUCCCUCCUCUCUCGCAUCCUGUAGACUCGCUCCCUGUGUGUAUCUUAUGCAAAGCAAAAGAGCUGCAGUUGCUCGUCG